AGCUUCCCCAAUUUCCUUCCCCCUUUCUUCGUCAUUCUUUUUUAUUUGUUUCAGUUUCAGUUUCUUCUUUCCCGCAGCAAAAACCAUUAAAACUACAAUUUUCCAUUAUCAUUAUUAUUUAAAUACCAAUUUGUUUCUCCCCAAAUUUCAAUAAAGAUGGACUCUAGCAAUCAGGACGCUGUUCAGGACCCGACUACUUCGCCCGUAGCUGUCGUCGAUACCACAGCAGCAAACACCGUCACUGCCACUACCCCUACCCCUACCGAGAAAACUAGGCAGAGCGCAGAUAGCACUGAGUCUUACAAAAACAACCUUUCCAUCAAAGUCAAGACGCUGACCGGCAAGGAGAUUGGUCUGAGUAUUUGCUUCGCUGAUACUGUCAGGACCAUUAAGCAGCAUAUCGAGUCCCAAGAGGGAAUUCCCCCAGACCAGCAGCGCCUGAUUUACUCUGGUCGCCAGAUGCCUGAUGAAAAGACAGCAGAAGAACUUAAGCUUGUGGCUGGAUCAGUCCUGCAUCUGGUCCUGUCACUGCGUGGCGGAAACAAUUAGGAAAAAAAAUUGAAAACUAAUUUUUUUGUUUAAAUAUAAAG